AUGGCUCUACUUGGAAAGAUGAAUAUCAAUGGCUCAGUUUACAUUAACGGCAUUGCUGUUCACAAAAGCUUGGGCUUUCACAACGCGAUCACUCCUUGA